UGUAUAUAAGGUGGGACAUCAGUGUAGGUUUCAGAUGUGGUGCGGGGCCUGCAGGAAUCUCUUACCAGAAGUGAAGACAGAGGCAUGGCGACUCAAAACGUGUUUGUGUUACUGUAUUUGUGCGGGAUCGUCGGAUCCUGGGCAGAUCCCUGCUUAAAUCCCAUGGAAGUUCCUGGUCUUGAGAAGCGAGACCGUGAAUACGUCCUAGCAACAGGAGAGAGAGCCCUCAACGACAGACUGCUCACAGAGGGGUGGUAUGACGCCGGAGGGAAAGUAUUCCUAGGCUCAGCACCAGGUUUCCAGCACUGCGGUACUCGUUACCCUAUAUGGAGAAAACAAAAAAACGGUGACAACUCUUUAAUGUGCCUUCAAAGUCACAGCGACAUCUGUAUCUCGCAGAUGAACAUAAAAACUAAAAUGUGCGGCACGAAGGAGAUAUUUAAUUUGAAGAAAACAAUAUCCUCGAGUGCAUAUUGCUUUGGUAAACCAGCCACCCCUACAGCUCCAACAUUUCCUCUGAAACCUACUGUCACUAUCCAACUCCACAAUUAUACGAAUGAAAGCAAGCUGGAGUUCCGAUGUGAGUUCAGCAAACACGAUGAUGACGUCUUCUACGCUACCAACUGGGUCGUUAACGGCGAACUUGUCCUCACUGAAGAUGCUAUGACGUGGGACAAUGGAAGUGUUAUAGACAAACAUACUCUGACAGAGGCUAAACUGUCCAGUGUGAACAUAAAACAAGUUGGAUUCGAGCUGCGGUGUUCAGUCAGAGCUAGCGUCAGAGAAGACACGGCAGCCAGUGUUCCUGUCUUGUCAGACGCGAAGUUUAUUGGGAUAAAGAUUUCUAAGAAAACUCUUCAGCUGUCAGAAGGAGAGUUCGCCGACAUAUCCCUCCAGCUGACGGCACCAUUUGGAUGUGGGAAUUUCGACUGUGAGCUAAACAUAGAAUCAGUUCACCUUGAGACCACGGCGAAUUGUGCAGGGGCUAAAUUGGCAAGUUCAUCUUGUGGAACAGUUAUUUUGGCUUCGAAUUGGAGUAAAGCUGCCACGAUCACGGUAUUUGGUCAAGUUUCUCAGGACACAGGAUCGUCAAGUAACACAUUAAAACUGAAGCUGGCGACCCCUGACAAUUCAUUUGACAACAAGUUUUGGGCCAACUAUACUAUCGGCGUCAUAACGGUUCAGCUGAUAAAGAAUACGAAGCCGAUUGAGAAUAAGUGGUGUUCUGCUACCAAUGACCCACACAUGCUGACAUUUGAUGGAAGGCGAUACGAACAUCAAUAUGAAGGUGUCUUCACUAUGUAUAACCACACAACCUUUCCAAUUGAGGUUCAAAUACAGACAGCGGACUGUGGUUGGGGUACGUACAACGCGUGGUGUAACUGUGGAGUUGCUAUACGAGCUGGCAGGACGGUGUUUGAGUUCAACAGGUGCGCGGGACAGUCCAGUAUCUGGACAAUAGAAUACACACUGUGUGAAGACAGUGGAGAUGUACUUCAGGUCAAGAAAAUGGACACAAGUUAUGAGGUGUAUCUGCCAACUGGAGGAAGAGUGACUGUUAAUGUCUAUGACAUCUACCUGAACGUUUACAUCUACCCGUCAAUCCAAGACGUAAAUAACACCCGUGGUCUCUGUGGGACACUAUCAGGAAACUGCAGCGACGACUUUUUCCUGAGGGACGGCACCUACUCCACAGACGUCACGGCUACGGGUGACUGUGAAACUACAUACAGCGUCUGGCAGAAUCUUCUCACAACAUUCUCGAACUCAUGGAAGGUUGAUAAUGGAAGCAACCUGUUUGAUCCGGACGCCCAUGCAUCACUGCCAGCGUGGCCACGGACAAACUUUUAUUGUUCCUGUUCCCCGGGUCCUCAACCCGGUACACUCACGGAGGCAGUAAAUUGCACUGCAGCCAUUCAUAAGGUGUGUGACACCCUUCCGGGCUUCAAAGACGUGUUCCCGACGUCAUGCACAAUAACUGAGAGACGACGGAGAAGAGCUGCAGGUGUUCAGUCGGAAUCACCAAGGAGAUUACGUCGGCAAGCUGUGAAGGUGUGGUCAGGCGGAUGGACAGAGGUCAAGGCAAGGACAUUCUGUGAGAACAUAUUCCAGGAAUCGCGAUCAGUACAAGCGUGCAAAAACGUAUCGGGCGUUGGCAUAAGCGGCAGCAUAGAAAACUGUAUCCUAGACAUUCAGUUGACAGGCACCACAGACUUUUUUCGUUUCUCCAUCGACGCGGUGAGAGACAAGUGUCUGCAUGAGGUGUUGGUUGACCCGGAACUCAGGGUUAAGAAUGAGACGAGGAACAUGUCGGUCUAUGACGUUGUUUUGGCCGAGGCUUGUCUGAACGACUGCAGCGGGAAAGGAACAUGUACAAAUGGUGAUUGCGUGUGCCAAAGCAACCAUGGCGGCUCUGACUGUUCUGUUGACCUCACAGCUCCCCCUCGACUAUCUGAAAUGGAAACGGUUGACACAUGCGACAUGUCACGUGAGGCAUGUGACGUUGUUUCCGUGAAAGGCGAGACGUUUGUCGAUGGUGUAUCAACAUGUUUGGUUGAAGAGAUCAGGGUUAGAAAAUCAGAACAAGAAAAUGUAGUAUCAAAAAUAUACACGGCAACCGUGGUCAACAUCGGCCAUGCGCAGUGCAAAAUAGAGACCAAUGACAACACCGGAAGUGAGGAUGUCGAGUAUGUGCGUGCCUACCGGAUAUCGAUUGCCAACAGUCCCGGAAACUAUAGUGACAGUGUGGGUCUGAUUGUAUUUAACAGUACAUGUAUCCGAGUUGAUGGUGACCGCGAAACAAAGUUCAAGUGGACAGUGAAGGGUCCACACUGCCUAGACAGAGGGACGUGUGUACCUCAUGGGGCGAAACAAUCUGGAAACAACUGUCUGAUGUGUGACGUGUCCGACAACAAGGGAACAUGGAAAACAGGAACAGAGUCGAGAUGCAAGAUUGAGACUGGACAGCUUCUUCUCAUAUCUGUAGCUGCUUCUGCCGGGGCAGUCGUUCUCUUCAUCAUCGUCGUUGUGGCGUCAUUCUGUGCAUGCAAACGGAGUAAUAGAAUGGGGAAGAAGAACAAUGCAAUGGGGAAAGAACUCGGAUGGCCACAACAUAAAGCUGUGUUGCCUGCACACUAUAGAUGAGCAGUACCAUCCUCAAAUCUAUUAUUUUGGAAAGAGAGAGUUUCGAUUAGUAGGAUGCUUGUAGGCCUGUGUUACAUGUGAAAGGUGUGCGAAGAGUAUUAUAAACAUAUUUAGAAGAUGCACUGGGAUUAUUGACUAAUAAAUAAAAGAGACAAAACAUUUCCAUAAUCAUAAGGAAUUUCCGACAACGUGCAUAUCAUAAGCAAGCGUUUAUGAAUCACUAUCAUGGGUACAUACUUUUGAUAUAGUCGCAAUCGUUAAAUGGACUCUGCAUUUAGCAGUGAUUUCUUAUGAUUAUUGACAUAAUUGUGUCGCUUUAUUUAUUUGCCAAAAAGUUAAAUAUCCGAGAUAUAUUAACUGAAUACAUAUACCACGGACGUCCUACUUCCUACUUCCUCAAAUGCAAUGUCAAUUUUCGAUGUUAUACGAUUCCUAUCGUUCGUAUCACAUGUAUUGUUCAAUAAGUAAAGGCGCAAAACCCAUUUCCAGAAUCAUGAGAAAUUCCACUGAAAUCAGAGCCUGUUUUACAAUUCCAACAACAGGAAUGUAAUAAGGAUUGGGUUCGUCAAUCACGAUCCAAUAUUGAUGAUGAACACAUGCUUAUGACAUAGUCGGAAUCGUAAAAUGGACUCUACUUUUUGUAGAAAGUUCAAAUGAUUCUGGAAAUGUUGUUUGUUGCUUAUAUAAAUUUUUACAACAAAUACAAUAUUCUGCGUCAUAUAAAUGAACACAUAAAUCCACCAUGGAAUUCCUUGUUUCUUAAAUGUAAUGCUAAUUAUCGAUGUUAUAUGCUUUCUGUCAAUUUUUUAUUAUUCUGCUUUAUACGUUGGUAAUUUGUUCUUAAAAUAAAAUACAUUUACAACUGCACCUUUAUUUAA